UUAAGCCUAAACUAGUUAAACUCCGAUCAACUCGAGUUUAGUUGGGUCACAGCAGGUUUACACUCGGUUUAGUCCUGCUGUGAACCAAUUAAACUCCGGUAAACUCGUACUGUUGAACCGGACCUAGGCAUGUGUAAAUGUGCUACAGUAAGUUUGAGCAAUUCUAAAGUUAAAAGGUACUUAAGAUAUUUCUCUGCCCUUUUGAAUUUAAAUUCCUUUACUGAUUAAGACGGAAUGAUGCACAGAAAUUGCAAAAAAUGGAUAACAUGGUUGUUAACAGGACAGGAUCUAAGUUCUUUAAAAAAAACGGAAGAGAAAUUGUCUAACGAUGAUACCAUCACAUUGAUUCUUUGUGGCAAUCGUAUCCUGGCAUCCAAAGAAAAACUCGCUUGUAAGAGUCGAUAUUUUGAAUGUUUAUUCUCUGACAAAUUCUGUGAUUUUACUCGAAAAGAAAUAGACAUUAAUUACGAUAUUCAGUUGGAAACAUUACAGGAUUUUAUUGAUUGGACAAAUAGCGACGUAACAAUACAAUUUAACGAUGGUCACAUCAUUAAGACAAGUUUAUCAAAAUAUGUUAAUGGUUCAUAUUUACCUCUUUUGACUCUGUUAGAAAUUGGUUGUACUUUUAUAGUAGAUAGUUUAAUUGGAGAUGUAAUGGAUGUAUUAGUGCAUCAUUGGUUCGAGCCAGAAAUAGUAAUCGAUGUUUGGUUAAUGGCUCAGGAAAUAAGUUAUACGAAAUUGAAAGAUGUUGCAUUUGCUGUUUGCUUAGACAGAUUUAUGGAACUUCCUACAGAUGCUCUUUUAAAGUUAUCCACAGAAAAAUUUACACAGCUUAUUAAAAAUGUUAAUAUUAGAUCCUCAGACAGCCAUUUACAUUCUGUGACAAAAAAGUGGAUUAAAAAGAACAACGAUGGAGAGAAUUUGUUGAAUGAAAUUUCUAAUCGUACAGAAUAUUUGAAGCGAAGGAAAGUCAUUGAAGGAUACUCAAGGAAUAUAAGGGAACAUAAUGAAAAUGUUUCUAAAUUUAAUCUUUAUGAAAAUAAUGAAUAUGAUGAAAAUUCAUCUUCAGGUGAAGAUGAAUUUUACGUUGGACGACGUCGUUGUGUAAUUAAUACACCCCGUUGGGCACAUUCAACAUAUGUAUUGGACAUGCCACCAGAUCAAAUAGAAUUAGACAUAUUGAGUUGUCAUAUAACUUUUGAGGAUUCAAAAAACAAGGUGACAAAGUAUGUUUGUUCCACGGAUAAGUCAUCAUCAAGUACUGUUACCAUUGAAUUGAAUAAUGUAACAGUUCCUUUCGGGAAAAUGAAGGGAAUGGAAAUUAUAGGACGAGGAUUCAGUAUAUAUUUUGUUGGAGGGGUAUAUGACUCCAACGGUUCAGAUUCCAACAGUUCAGAUUUGGGCAAAUUUAAUAUGGAUAUUUGGCGAUAUUGUACAUUAUCCGAGAAAUUUUUCUAUGUGGCAAGACUACCUCGCCCCCGUAAGGAUAUGUUCGCCUUUUUCAUGGUAAACAAGUUAAUGUUAGUGGGUGGCUUGGAUGAGAACAGAACAAUACUCACUUCUGUAGAUGUAUUAAAUAUACAUACAGGAGAAUGGAUUCAAGCUGCAGAUAUUCCAAAUGCACUGCUUUUUAAGGAUGAUCCUUGCUACCGCUGCGACCAUGUCUGUGAAUAUUACCAAAGUAAUAACAAAUGGUUAACUGAAGUUAGCACGUCUUUAGGAAUAAAAACAAAGGAUUGUUUUUAUGAUGUUAAUGACUAUGAAUGGCCCUCAGGUCUUCAUCUUGCACUGUCUAGAAAAUUCAUUGCAAAUGAUGAGGAUAAUACAGUACAGCCUACUGCAAGUGUACCAUUUUGGUAUGAGGUUUACUACUUGAAUUCUGACAAACGUGCAACUCGUAAUAUACCAAUAAAUGAUGAGGGCAUCCCAGAAAAGUGCAUUACAGAAGAAUUUGAGAAGAUGUACCAGAAAUACCCCACAGAGUUGAUAACAAUUCUAAAUCCUGCAUCUUUGUACCGCCAGUUUGGCUGAAAUUAUAAGUUGGUCAGAAUUGCAUCAAUUUAAUGAAUAUGCGGUUUUUAAGGUGAAAAAAAGUGUUGUAUUCGAAUCGACUGAUUUGAGGGGGUUUCACUUCACCUUAAUACAUUUCAAUAGCGCUAAAAAUUGAAUUAGAAUUUCUGACAAAUUUGUGAACACUAUAGUAUACCAUAGUAAUUUAUCGUUAAGGGCUUAUUUAUACUCUUUAUUAUAUGUACUAAAUAUAAAUUCUUGACUCCGUGCAUCAUGUAACAGUUGAAGAAAAUAUCUUAAUUUAAUUUCAGAUGCAAAAAAUGUACUUUACACAUACGCAAUUUUGAUGCUGUAUACAUCAAUUAAUCUUGUAUCAGUUUUUAAGUCAAAUAAGUAUAUACAUAUUUUUAUUA